AUGUCGGAAAUGGCUGAGCUGUGUGAACUGUACGAAGAGUGCAAUGACCUGCAGAUGGAUGUGAUGCUCGGUGAGGGUGACCUUCCGCAGAUGGAGGUAGGCAGCGGGGGCCGACACCCAUCCCUGAGUCCCUCCCGCAGCAGGGCCCAGCCACAGCUGGAGGAGGAAGGCCCGAUGGAGAAGGCGGCGGCGCCAGCAGGGAAGCGGGGCCUGCCUAACGGGCCCAGCCCUGAGAAGCAACCAGGCCAGCUCGCAGGCCCAGACUUCGAGAGUGAGGACGAGAGCGAGGAAUUUGAUGACUGGGAGGAUGACUACAACUGUCUGGAAGAGGAGCAGCUGAGUGGUGCCAGCUACAGAGUCUCAGCGGCCCUUGAAGAGGCCAACAAGAUGUACCUGCGAUCAUCCAGAGCCAGAGAAGCAGCUCUGGAUGGCGGGUUUCAGAUGCAUUAUGAGAAGACCCCGUUCGACCAGUUGGCUUUUAUUGAAGAGCUUUUUUCACUUAGGGGUGUCAAUCGUCUGCCCGAAGAACUCGGCUGUGAUGAAAUUAUUGAUAGAGACUAG